AUGGCUGGUCAUUCCGAUGCCCCAGACUUGAACUCCGUGCUCCAGGCACUUUCCAGUCUUGCUCCGCAAGGAAGCUCAUCUCAAAUUCAUGAGACAAAUCCGCCACAGCAUCAUGUUACCCAUCCGCCACGGACAGCAGCAACUCAUGCACCCCGACCGGCAUAUCCGAGCUCAUCAAAGCCGGGUAUCCCUACUAUUGAUCCCACGACUAUUACUACCUGGGAUGAAGCAAAGCGUUAUCUCAAGGAAACCGUGAGGAUACAGGAAGAAGCAGCAGCAGCACAAGCCAAAGAAUACGGAAAUGAAAAGGAACAGAAAAAAGAAAGCCCACUCAUACUUCGCAUUCGUCGCCUCAUCAAAGAACAGCAUGAUUAUGAACGUCGAUGGUGGGAAGGCCGCCAAGCUCUACUUCAAAGGCAGCAAACUCGAGGUGCUAAAAAAAAGAGCUAG